AUGCAUGAUGGCUUAAUCCCUCGUUAGAAAAGGUUACCUCUGCUUUCCCUCCUGCGUUACUCACAGCGUCUCGCCAUGGAGGAGCUACUGAUACCCACAGAAGCCGAAGAGGCGCCGCCCGAGCCUGCAACCUUCUUCUCUCCUGCGGGACCUGCUAAAACCCCGCUAGAGAGAAUAAAGGACUGCAUGGCCAGCAUGUUCUCAGUCAGUGUCAGGAAGUAUGUUAAGGACUACAUCAGGCGAAACGGGUUGCUGACGCUCUCGGUACUAGCUGUAAUCACAGGAUGUGUCCUGGGCUUCAUGCUGAGGGGCCUGGCCCUCUCCACACAGGCUAAAAUCUAUUUCUCCUUUCCUGGUGAGCUGCUCAUGCGGAUACUUAAAAUGUUGAUUCUCCCGCUAAUCACCUCCAGUUUAAUGUCUGGACUGUCAUCAAUGGAGUCAAAGGCCUGCUGCAGGAUGGGGGUGCUAACGGUCACCUACUACCUUUGGACCACAUUCAUUGCUGUAGUGGUUGGCAUUGUACUUGUUCUAAUUAUCAAACCUGGCUAUGGGACAGAUGUGGAGAGCAACAGACUGGGAGGUGGACAGGUCAUAACAUCUGCAGAUGCCCUGCUGGAUCUGGUCAGGAAUAUGAUCCCCUCCAAUCUCAUUGAAGCCACAUUCCAGCAGUAUAAGACAGACCUUAUUCCCAUCUUAAAAACACCAGUGAAUACUGGACGCCCAAAUUUUGUUUACUUGAUGCCAGAUGACGACAAUCAAAAGGGUCGAACGGUGCUGUUGGAACUUACCCCCGCUCCAGACAUCCAGUAUAAGACCCGUCCAGGCAGCAGUCAGCAGAUGAAUGUACUCGGCAUUGUUAUUUUUCAGGCUUUUCCUUUAGGUCUCUUACUUGGUAAAAUGGGCGAACGGGGAGCUCCUCUGGUGAAUGUUUGCCAGUGCAUCAAUGAAUGUGUGAUGAAGAUCAUUAAUGCUGCUGUAUGGUAUUUUCCUUUUGGUAUUAUCUUCCUUGUGGCUGGCAAAAUCCUGGACAUGAGCGAUCCCUCCACACUUGGGAAGAAACUGGGCUGGUAUGGGGUGACGGUCCUGGCAGGCCUGUUUGUACACGGCCUCAUCUUGCUUCCAUUCUUCUAUUUUAUUUUGACACGUAAAAAUCCUUUCACAUACAUUAGAGGACUUCUGCAAGCCAUGGUCAUUGCCCUAGCCACGUCAUCCAGCUCAGCAACGCUGCCCAUUACAAUGAAAUGUUUGCUAGAGAACUGCCGAGUGGACAGGCAGAUUGCCCGGUUUGUGCUGCCAGUGGGAGCCACUAUUAACAUGGAUGGAACAGCGCUUUAUGAAGCAGUUGCUGCUAUUUUCAUUGCUCAGGUCAAUGAGUAUGAACUGGAUUUCGGACAGCUUGUCACCAUCAGUAUAACGGCGACCGCUGCCAGUAUAGGUGCUGCUGGAAUCCCUCAGGCAGGCCUUGUAACCAUGGUGAUAGUGUUGACAUCUGUUGGAUUGCCACCAGAUGACAUCACACUGAUUGUGGCCAUUGAUUGGAUCUUAGAUCGCUUUCGAACAAUGAUCAACGUACUAGGAGAUGCUCUGGCAGCUGGAAUCAUUGCCCACUUGUGUCGAAAAGACUUUCCACCUGACAGAGAGGCAAAAGCAAAUGAAGCUAAACAGGACACCCAGACUGCUCAUAACAUGGAGAAUGUGCCUUUGACUGAAGUACCUCUGCUGGCCGGCAAAGACUGUAUAUUUGAGGUGGUUGGGGACACUGUUUUUGAACGACCCACAGUGUACUACAAUAUUUGUCAAGUCUGAAUCACCAGAUGGUUGCCUUACAGAUAACCAAAAACCUCUUUUGGAGCUAUGUUUCUAUCACUGUGCCAUAAAGAAGUACUGAACGAACACUUUCUCUGGUUCUUCCACAUCCAGGGUUUUGUUUUUGACUACAGUAUAACAAGUUCACACUUACAAAUAAUCAGAAAAUAAUUCAUCAGUAGGCGUAUUUGGCAUGCUGUUUUGAUGGGAGGGCUCCGACCUCAGAAUAUGGUCCUAACAAAGUUCCUCCUGAACUUUGUUCAUAAAACUUUUUUUACAUUUGCUAGGGCACAUUUCUCAAUACUUUUUUCAAAAACUUUCACUUUUUCAAAACUCUUCACACAGUAGGUUUAUCUGGGCUAAACUGAAAAUUAUUUAACAUUGCUUUGGCACAAAAUGCAUUCAAUGACUACAUCUUUCAAAUAACAUUAAUACAUCUCUCAAUUAGACACAACCACCACCAAAACUCUAUAUAGCAGGCCAAAUUGCAUGUUUAUACUCUUUUCAAAACUUAAAUUCAAAACCUAACAUAAUACAUAAUUGAAUAAGACAGCAAUUUGCUACAUUUCUACAGUAAUAUAAUUUUGAAAUACAUUACAAAUCUAAAAGCUAUAAAAACAAUUUGAUGUUGCUAAACACCUACACAGAUCUUUCAAUCUUUUUACCAUCUAUACAAUAGAGGAAGACUUCGGAAUAAUUUGGUAAUGUAAACAUGGACUAUGUUACAAACUACAGUGAAUUCUGGAAGCGUCAUAUGUAAAGAAAUUUUACAAAAGCAAACAUUGUAUUAUGCAGCCUAUUGUUGGCAUUUUUAGGUCAUUGUUUUAUAAGUGACAGAGGGAGUUUGUUGAUGGACUUGACAACAUUUGCUAGUGUUAUGGGAAAAUUACUUGAUUUGAGACAUGUUUUGGUCAUUUUAGAGCAUUUUGAAUGUGAAAUUAACUGAAAAGAAAUGUGUCCUGGCAAUUGUAAAAAAAACUGUAAUAUUGGCUGUUUUUUUGUUGUUGUUGUUUUUAUUAACUGAUGAAUAUGUUUAGACAAUGUUCCUUUCCCUAUUUAAGGACAAUUCUUGUAUUUACAAGUAAGAUAAGUUUACAAACAAAAAAAUAAGUUUUUUUUUUAAAGCUUUAAAGCGGGAGGUAAACAAAUAUUGCAUGCUGACACACAUUCAGGAAUUGUGUCAUUUGGGCUGAUAUGUCAAAACAAACCAGAACUACAAUGACAUCAUCAUGUAAAGGUGCAUUGUGUAAUAUUUAGGAGGAUAUGUGGACAGAAAUGCAAUAUCAUACACAUAACUAUGUUUACAGUGGUUUAUAAAGACCUUACAUAAUGAACCGUUAUGUUGUUAUUAACUUAGAAUUAGCUGUUUCUAUCUACAUACUGUACAUCACGGGUCCCCUCACAUUGAAAUAGCCAUUUUGCACUGACAUAUUUCUACAGUAGCCGUAAAUGUACAAACUACUACAUAGCGUAUGGCGUUAUUUUCUUGUCAAAUGUCGAGAACGCAUUCGCAUGUGAGUGCGAAUCUCUGCUCACGCACGGAUUAUAAUGUCCCGAGCGCGAAUCCCUCUGAUCGUGCGUGGGAACUGGGCGCGCACUCUCAGAUAUACGCUUCUCUUGUAAGAAUUUUCUCUGGGUUCUCUCAGAGAAUAUGCCUGCACUUAAAACGUGUUCAUUGCAAUCACGAAUCUCUCCUCUAUGUGCUUAAACUGUGUGCCGUGCAUUUGCACAUGCCUAAGUACUCUUCUCUUCGAUUUCUUUCUCUUUGCUCUUGGCAUAAACACUGUCAAAAUGGCAACAACCAAUCAGAAAAGGCUUCAACGACUGACCAAUAAAAACGCAACAUCAUACAUGGAAUCUUAUUGGUUGAUAUUCAACCGCACAUGCACUUCAGCUUUAAAGGGCACCUAUUAUGCCCCUUUUUACAAGAUGUAAUAUUGGUCUCUGGUGUCCCCAGAAUU